GUCAUGUUGGUCAAUCUUCUUGUGAUUUUUAAAAACUCUCUUCAAGCUUUUACUGGUCUAUUUUUUUUUAAAACCAGUGUUAAUUGAUAUUUAAUAUCUUUGAAUAUGUCAUUUGUCCAUUUGAAGAGGUCUCUUUUGGAUGUCUUACAUGGUUAGUUUUUUAAUUUAGUACUUUAACUGAUUCAGUUGCUCUAUAGCAUUUUUAAAAAUUGUACUGGCAUUUGGCUUUGUUCAUUUAAAAACUUUGGUUGAUUUUUAUUUUCUUGUUUUUUUUAAAAAAUGAUUUCUCUUUUUGGUCUAUUUUUAUACUUUUUAUUUUUUUAGGGUGUGUGAGAAGCCUUCUUCCAUUUAAUCCUCCCAUAUCAAUGUUUCCCUUAUAUCUUGAGAUGCCACACUCCUCUGGUUCUUCUAUUUCUCUAAUGGUUUUUGCUCAUACCUCUUUUUCUUCCCAAUCUCUUAAGGUAGAUGGAUGUUCCCUAAAAUUCUGUUUUCAGCUUAUUUCUAGAUCUACAUUCUCUGCUUUGUCAAUCUCAUUUACUCCCACAUUUUCAACUAUUAUCUCUGCAUAGAUGACUCCCAAUCUAUAUUUAAAGCUCCAACUUCUCUUUCAAGUUCUACACCCACAUUUCCAAAGAUUAAGAGAACAUCUUCACCUGGAUUUCUGACAUCACACACAAAACAUUUCAAAUUUGAACUGCCUAUUUCUUUUACCCUCAAAUUUGUUCCUUUUCAACCGAGGGACCAUUUAGUUUCCUAUGAUCUUUUUGGCCCUUCUUUUUCUCCUAUAUCUCUUUCUAAUCAGUAUCACAUUCUCUUGUUUAUAUCACUACCCUAUUUCUUGUACCUGUUUUUUUCUGUAUUCCUACUGUCACCACCUGAGUACCUGCCCUGCCUCAACUAUUACUAAUAGCCUAACAGGUCUUCCAGUCUUCAAUCUCUUUCCUCCUUCAAUCUAUUUCUGAUACAAUAGUUAGACUAAUUCUGUGUUCAAAGUAUUUUAUUCAUUUCCUAUUGCUUACCGAAUAAAGUUUAAAUGCCUUGCCCAAAUUUUCAAGUUUUUCCACAAUCUACUACUACUCUACAUUACAAUUUUUUUUUAUGAACUUAACCAUCAUCAACAAACAUUUCAAUAUACAAAGAACUACCUGUGUGAUCUUGGGCAAGUUACUUAAAUUCUAUAGUUCUCAAUUUCCUCAUCUGUAAAAGAAAGGAGUUCACUAUUUCAGAGAUCUGAAGAUGAAUCUAGCUACCCAUUGAUAAGAGAGGUAAUGAAACCAAAAUGCAGAAUGAGGCACACAUUUUUGGCCAAGGACAAUAAAGAAAUUUGCUUCAAUUGCCUAUGAAUAUUGGUUUUUGUUGUUUUAUUUGGGGGCUGGUGGAGAGAAAAUGCUUAAUUGAAAAGAAAAGAUUUUAAAAUGAAGGGGUUAGACUAAGUAUCUUCCAGCUCUAAACAUUUGAUUUUGUAGACAAAUACCUUUCCAUUACAAAAAACUGCUGUCACGUUCUGAAAAUCCCUUCAAUUGAACCUUCCCUUAUAAGCAAAAUAAACCAAAAAACUGAUCAUGUCUGAUAGCCUAUGCUUCAUUUAGCAUCUGCAGUCGUUUACCACUUUACUGAGGGGAGGGAUGUAGUUCAUCAUCAGUGCUCUGGAGUCAAAACAGACUAUUCUUAAGACCUUUAGUUUUUCCCUCUGUAUAUUACGGUUAUUAUGUACCUUUCAUCUUGGCUCUGCUUUCUUCACCCCUCCCCCCAUCAGUUCAUACAAGUUUCUCUGGAUUCCACAUUUUCAUAUAGAGCAAUAAUAUUUUGAUACACACACCCACAUAUACCUUCUGUCAUAAAGGAAUAUUCCCAGUAACAAUGCUGGGAACUGUACAUUCCUGGCUUUACUUUUUAGUCAACCUGGUCCUUAUGAAUAAGCAUUGUGCUAAAUACUGGGGAUACAAAACUGAGAUAGUCCCCUUCCUCUAUGAGCUUACAGUCCAAUAGCGGGGAUACACAUAUGGGGGACUGGAACCCAGAGAACUGAUUUUUUUUUUAAUCAAGGGCAACACUGAGAUUAUGAGCAGUAGACUGUCUCACCCUUUCUAGUAGCAAUGGUAGCAUUGAUUUCACUGCUGUUCCUACAGUAAAAUAGAGAGGUGGAAAGGAAAAUGGUCAUGAUGGUACAGCAAAAGGAAGGAUGCCCAUGCUCGUUAGGUCCUGGUUAUCUGCUGAACGGGUAGAAUGGUAUAUGAAGUAGGUUCAGGGUUGGGCUAGAUAGAUAUAUGAUGCCUGAGGUAUUAUAUUCUCUUAUCUAAGUGUCCACCUUUAUAUAGUCCUUUAAAGUGUGCAAAGUACUCCGCAUUUGUAAUAAUCAUUUGAGCAUCACAGCUUCACUUUAAAGUGUUCUCACACCUAUUUUACAUUUUUCAUAUUGGUUACUCCUCUGCAUUUACAGAGCCCCCGUGAUAGUCCACACCCGGUUUAAUCUCCAGUCCCGGCUAUUAAAUUGCCUGCUAAGUGCAACUCCCCCCAAAGCAUCCUCCACAUAGCGUCCUGUCUGUGCUGCUCUUCUAUUCAAAACUCUUUGGUGGCCCCCUAUUUCCUCUAAGACAAAAUAUAACCUCCUUAGCCUAUCGUUUAAAGCCCUGUGAGCUCUGGCUUCCCCGUACUUUCCCCAUAUUUAUUUGAUAUUACGCCCUUUCAUUCUCUCUACUUUCCAGCCAAACUAACCCAGUAGCUACUCGCUGGCACUUGAAAACACAGCCCCCUUUUGCACAGGCCAUCCUCCAAGCCUACAUUCCCGCCCUCAUUCUUGCCUGUGGUAUUCCUUGCCCCUGGCAAAUUCAGGUCAGGUCACCUCCUACAGACUAGGAAUUACUUUGUACACAUAUAUUGCCUAUCUGUGUACUCGUCUCCCUCCAGAACAAUGUAAAAACUCCUUUAGGGCAUAAACUAUUUCUUUUUGUCUUUGUAGUCCCAGGGCCUACCAGCUCGCCCUGGACCCCGCAGAUGAAGCUGGUUAGCAGAUGUUCGUUCAAUCAAUCGAGUAAUAUUUAGCUUCCACUACGUGCCAAGCAGGAGGAAUGAAUGGCUGUUGUUACAACUGAGGAAACGGAGGCUUACAUAGGUAGUAUGUGUAGAUGCCGAAUUUGCACCCAGCUCUCUUCUGAUUUGAAAUCUUAACCCGUUUCCCUCUCCCCCGCCCUGGGACCUCAGGCAGCAGCGGUUUGCUCGUCUCUUAACCCCUCGUCCAGCUCUUACUUUGUGUUUCCGGUUACUUGUGUAUUCGGGUCUUCUCCCCUUCUCCCCUCCCUGCGUCUGUCUUGCCCCAGUGCGAGCGCAGGCCUUAAAUGCAAGCUCCGGUGGAGGUGGCUGGAGACGGGGGGAGGGAGGUGGGGAAGGACCAGGAUUUCCCUACGGGCCGGGCCCGCGUCUGCCAGGCCGCCGCGCGCCCGCGUACGUGGGGCCAGAGAGCACAACAUGGCGGCGGCGGCGCCUCUCCGCGGCCCAGUAGUUCCCUCGGUUCCCGUCGUCGUCCCUCCAGCCAAUGAGGUGGCGUCUCGGUUGGCGGGAAGCGGCCUCCUGCCGCCAGAGGGCGUCUUGGCAGGGAAGCCAAAGGACAGGAGUCGUAAUCGCCGCCGCCGCCGCCGCCGCCGUUAGGGUGGGAGCCGUGAGAGAAGACACCUAGGCGUCCUGCAGCGCUGCCUUCGAACCUUCGCCGUCUCGGUCUCCGGCUGCAUCCCUGGACAGGCCCGCUCGAAAGCUAGGGUGAGUCUAGAAAUUGGAUGUGCAGGAUAACAUGUCCAGUGUUUCUGAAGACAGAAGAAACAGACAACAGGAUAUUAAAAAAGGAUUGCAGUUUAUACAGUCACCUUUGCCAUACCGAGGAACACAGGAACAGUAUGAGGUGUUUUUAUGGACACUUAUAAGAAAUCUCUUUAAUGAAGGAAAUGAUAUAUAUCAAGAAUGUGACUGGAAUGGUUCAUUAAGUCAGUAUACAGAAGCUUUAAACAUAGCUGAUUAUGCAAGGUCUGAAGAAAUUGCAAUUUCUAAUGAAAUAUUAGAAAAGCUGCAUAUAAAUCGUAUUGCAUGCUAUUCAAAUAUGGGAUUGAAUGAUAAAGUUCUAGAAGACUGUGAUAAAGUUUUAAGUUUAAAUCUUAAUAACUGUAGAGCCCUGUAUCGGAAAGCUAAAGCUUUAAGUGAUUUAGGAAGAUAUAAAGAAGCUUAUGAUGCAAUAGCAAAAUGUUCUUUGGCAGUGCCUCAGGAUGAGUGUGUAAUAAAACUAACUCAAGAACUAGCGCAGAAAUUAGGAUUUAAAAUAAGGAAAGCAUAUGUCAGAGCAAAGUUCUCAAAUUCAAUUCCGGGGGAUGUAGCAACUAAGGGUUCAAAGAGCUCUGUAGAAGAUAUAGAGUUAGAUUUAUCAGAUCUAAAGCAAGAAGCUGCUCCUGUUAUUUCUCUACUUCCCCCCGACUUUGCUCCUGAAUUGUCAAAUGAAUUGGCUCCAAUUCCUAUUACACCUUUAACUCCUGUUUUAUCAUUACAAAUGGAAAAGAAUCCUCUGCCUUCUACCAUGUUGGCAAAUGGGGGAAAGAUUUCCUUUACUUUGCCUGAAACAUAUUUAGAUGAUGGAGAUAUUGUCCUUGGUGAUGAAAUAGAUGAACUACUUGAUUCUGCACCAGAAGCUGAUGAAACUAUUUUGACAGCCACAGUAGUCAGAGGAUCCAUUCCAACAUCUAGUGUAACUCCUAGUAUACCCUUUUCUGCACCUUUAUUAGGAACGUGUGCAGGGUAUGUUCCUGCAUCUUCCUUUUCAGAAAUGUAUCCACAGCCUUUGACUUCAUCAUUGGAAGAUUUUUGUUCUUCUUUAAAUACAUUUUCAAUGAGUGACUCCAAAAGAGAUCUGCCCACAUCAACUUCUAGAGAGGGAGCACUACUCAACAACAGUAAUUCUUCCAUUUUACUUAUGAAUGGACCAGCUAGUUUGUUUGCUUCUGAGAGUUUCCUAGGAAUUUCAAGUCAACCUAGAAAUGAUUUUGGAAAUGUUUUUAGUAGUGGGUCUCCUAAAGUAUCUUCAUCUGUAGCUGGAAGAAAUCCACUUGAAGGAUCUCAUGAAUUGCGGCAAGCAUGUCAACUCUGUUUUAUAAAAUCGGGUCCUAAAUUAAUGGAUUAUACCUACCUUCCUACUUUAGAUCAUAAAUGUAAGAAAGACAUUUUAAUUGGGAGAAUAAAGAAUGUUGAAGAUAAAUCAUGGAAAAAAAUACGUCCACGACCAACAAAGACAAAUUAUGAAGGGCCUUAUUAUAUAUGUAAAGAUGUUGCUGCUGAGGAAGAGUGUAGAUAUCCAGGUCACUGUACUUUUGCCUAUUGCCAAGAAGAGAUUGAUGUGUGGACAUUGGAACGAAAAGGUGCAUUUAGUCGAGAGGCUCUUUUUGGUGGCAGUGGAAAGAUAAACUUCACAGUGUUCAAACUUCUUCAAGAACAUCAUGGAGAAUUUAUAUUCCUUUGUGAGAAAUGUUUUGAUCAUAAGCCCCGAAUAAUAAGCAGGAGAAAUAAAGAUAUUUCUUCUUCUUGUUCUCACCCAGUUACAAAGCAUGAAUUUGAAGACAACAAGUGCCUCGUUCACAUUUUACGAGAAACUUCAGUCAAGUAUUCUAAAAUCCGUGCUUUCCAUAAUCAGUGUCAACUUGAUCUGUGUCGGCAUGAAGUUCGCUAUGGUUGCUUAAGGGAAGAUGAGUGUUACUAUGCUCAUAGCCUUAUAGAAUUAAAAGUCUGGAUAAUACAAAAGGAAACAGGUAUAACACAUGAUGCCAUUGCUCAAGAAUCUAAGCAGUAUUGGCAAAACAUGGAAGCAAAAGCACAUGGAGCACAGGUACCUGGAAAUCAAAUAAAAUAUGGAUCUCUUAAUUUAAAGAUAAAGUUUGUAUGUGCCCAGUGUUUGAGAAACGGUCAAGUCAUCGAACCAGAUAAAAACAGAAAAUACUGUAGUGCUAAAGCAGGGCAUUCGUGGACCAAAGAUCGUCGAGCGAUGAGAGUGAUGUCUAAUGAACGUAAGAAGUGGAUGAACAUCCGUCCUCUUCCCACAAAGAAACAAAUGCCUUUACAGUUUGAUCUGUGCAAUCAUAUUGCUUCUGGCAAGAAAUGCCAGUAUGUUGGAAAUUGUUCCUUUGCGCAUAGUCCUGAAGAGAGAGAAGUUUGGACUUAUAUGAAAGAGAAUGGAAUACAAGAUAUGGAGCAAUUUUAUGAUAUUUGGCUAAAGAGUCAAAAACCUGAAAAAACUGAUGAUGUAGCUGGCCAGUCAAACAAGGAAAAUGGGAAACAAAUUCACAUGCCAACAGAUUAUGCUGAAAUUACUGUAGACUUUCACUGCUGGAUGUGUGGGAAAAAUUGUAAUAGUGAGAAACAGUGGCAAGGUCACAUUUCUUCAGAGAAGCACAAAGAGAAGGUUUUCCACACAGAAGAUGACCAGUACUGCUGGCAGCACCGGUUCCCAACAGGAUAUUUUAGUAUUUGUGAUAGAUAUGUGGCUGGUACUUGCACAGAAGGAAACAACUGUAAAUUUGCCCAUGGAAAUGCUGAACUUCUUGAAUGGCAAGAACGAAGAGAUGUUCUAAAGAUGAAGCUUAGCAAAGCAAGAAAAGACCACUUGAUUGCACCAAAUGAUAAUGACUUUGGAAAAUAUAGUUUUUUGUUUAAAGAUUUAAACUAAUACUAAAAGUGAUAUGUAUGUUUCCUAAUCAAAGCAUCAACCUGAAAAUUUCAAAGUAUUCAAAAGCAUGUAGCAGAGAAGCUGCAAGUUUUCUGCUUGUAUUGGCAUAUAUAUUGUUCCUCCUGAACAACAUUCUACAGUGGUUAUGAAAAUGGGAUGUUUAACAGAUCUGGCUGAACCGUCAUGAAACCAGAUGGUAAAGUGACAGGCUGCCAUAAAGUAUACCAGAUUUGCCAUCUGUUGAACAUAAUUUUGGAUGGAAGGUUGUUAGGGGGGAAAAGGAUGAGGAAAAGGAAAAACCUCUCUUGAGUUGGUCCUUAAGCUAAGACCUUUAAGGUAAGAUAAUAAACAAAUGUUCUGGAAUAAGAAGAAAAUGAUGGAUGAAAUUCUUUAAGUGUUUUAAUGGAAAGAGUCUGUUUAAAAAGAAAUAAAGUUUGCUACUUAUCUGUAUGUAGGUUGCUAAAAAGGAUUUUCUUAAUAAAGAUUUUAAGCAAAAUAACCAUUUAACACUAGUCAUAUGUUGAAUGGGGUAUUUUUUCUCUAUUUGUAUGUUUCACUAUCACUGAAAAGAAUCUUGAAGAAAAUGUGCACUAAGAAUUUUUGGAAAAUCAAUUGGCUAAAAUUUUGAUUUUUUUGGUCUUUGCUGUUAAUGAUGAUUUUGAAAGAUUUUACUUGUAUUGUUGGUAUUGUGUAUUGUAUGGACCAAUAUUGCCUGUAAUAAAACUUUAUAUAGAUGCCUUUUUGGGGGGCGGGGGGCCAGUCCUUUUUAAUGAAAGAAGUAUUGAUGAAACAUUUUAUUUUCCUAUUCAACAUUAAGGUUUCUCAGUUUUUUUUGUAGUCAGGAAAUUAUGUACUAAAUGCUUAAACAUUUAGCUGCCUCUUUGAAUGGACACUUUUUCUUUCUCUUGUACGCUUUCCUUUUGGAUUAAUAACCUUCUAUGUUAUUGACGUACAUGCUAUUUCUUAUAUUAGCUCUAGUGCUGUUCCAUGUUUUAUCCUAAAAGGAGUGCAUGAUAUCUUCUGAGGAGGUGAAACCCAAUACUAUGUCAUCCUUAGCUUUUUACAGUACCAACUUUCAUAUCACUUUAUGAGGUCAUCCUAUCCAUGCUAUUUUGAAAUAAAGCAGUAAUGUAAUUAAAGUAAUAAACUACUUCUACUCACUGCUAAA